ACCACUUGGACAAUAAAAGGCAUAUUUUGUCGAUACCGACACAAUAUUUAACUUUUUUGAACGAUAGCUAUAUCGAUGAGGUUAGGAAAACUACCUUUGUAGAUAAUACUUCGUUCACUCUUCAUUCCAGUGGAAGAUGAGAGUAUACGGAUCUUCACAGACAUUCUGCAUCGACGUAGUCGUCCUUCUUGUUUCAAGUUGUUUGAUCUUAAGGUUUUUCUGCAUCGGAUGCACAAUUGGCGGAUUGGUGAUGAAAUUUUCCGAGCCGUUGCUCAGCUUAGACGGUAUUGUUUUGUUAAACAAUGUGUCCUUGGGUUCCUUGCCAUUUGGGUCCUUACUUUAUACGCUGGAUAUGUGUAUUGUGUCAUCAUUUGUUUUGGACACAGUCUAUGUCGUACUUAUAUUCUGUGGAAUAAGUAAGAGAAGUAAAGGAUGGCUUAUUGCAAGUUCCGCAGCAAUUUUCCUUGGGAUCAUUUUUAAUAUCUUUAUUGUGGCCUUUUACUCAUGGAUCCUGGACAAGAUUCACACAUUGAUAUUUACAUCGUUGAAGGCGAGAUAUGAUGAAAAUCAAGAAAAAUUUGAAACAACCCUGAAAUGUCGCAGAUACAUGGUUUGGAAUGGUUCUAGCGCUAUUACAUGCUCUGAUUAUAUCAAGAGUACUGUAUACACUUACGGGAGCACUUUCAUUGCUAUGCUCGUCUCUAACAUAGUUUUGUCAAUAGUAAUACUCGUCGGAAUUGAAUGUCUGUUUCGGUAUAAAAAUGUCAGAGAAAAAUUGAAGCAUAAGUCUAAUAUGUGGACAGUUACCGUAAAGUUAGAGUUAGUGAAUUCGGAGAACGGGAUGUGGAAUCAGUCGUGCUUAUUUUUAAAGAACAGUUGGGCUCGGAAUCCCACUGUGUCAAAGUUAGGAUACCUUAGUGCAGGAUACAUAGUGGUUGAUUUCGGAUUUUUACUUGUCCUUUUGUUAGUACGGUAUGAUUUAAACGAUUUAACAUCUGCUGAAAAACUAUACGCAAAAACAAUCGACUAUUUCAACGAGGGUUAUCUUCAAGAUGGAUUACUUAUAACGAUGAUUUGUCUGUUUGUAUGGUCUUUUAUAGCAAAGACGUUUUACUUUGUUGGAAUCUAUUCGAACAGAAAAUACUACUUUGCAGCCUUCUUUUGUUCUGAAUUGCUCUGUCUCAUUAUUCAUUUCGUUGUUGUUGGAUUCAGUGGUAAACUAUUUGUGAAUGAAUGGACGGCUUUUCUUGCCAUAUUCCUAUCAGUUUCCAUCGUUUAUAUUAUUUUUAAAAUAAUUUAUAUAUACAAAGCUGACAGUGUGUACCGAUACACAGUGCAGAGUACGAGAUUCUCUGAUUACCCUUUACUACCAGGGAGAUAUGGCUUUGUUCGCUAUGUAAAGCAUCUGAUAAAAGAGCACAACUUGACUGCCUCUUUAAUAGUCGUCUCUGUUAUGAUGUGCAUUGUUGACUGCAUACAAAUCAGUGGGCUCCUGAUCAUACGAUAUGGCUAUUCACCCCGCCAUUUUGUAAAUCAAAUACUAAAUGGAAUAAAAUUGGGGACUCUGAAAAUGUCUGUAAACCGCGAUAGUGUGGCAUUCAUCAGUCUUGUUUCGUGCAUUCUUUCAUUUCUUCUGCAAUGUGCAAAAUGGAUCUCCGUCGGAACCAAAAAACCAAGAAUUGCCCUGUUUAUCACCUGGACUGAGGUACCAUUGCUAAUACUGCAAGCAUGCGGUGUGUCAAUGGACAUCAUAUUAAUCAAAUUGUUAUACUGCUGUGAUGAUAACGACGGGUGUUUCUUUAGCUAUGGCUCUAAAUACAGGUUCUGUUAUGGAGACGUUUAUGAUCAUAUGAAGAUAUUUGCAUGGUUUGCGUUGGUAACUGGAAUUCUAAAUAUUUUCUUGCAAGUGUCGUCAGUGUAUUUUGGCUUUAGAUAUUUCAAGCAAUCUGAAGAUGGCCAUUUAGGUAUAUUCAAAGGUCUAACCGAGCUUUUUCUUGAUCCUUGGAAAAAAAUCAGAAAGGACAGAACAUUGGAGUUCAUACAUGUAUUACAAAGAAUAUUUUAUGGAUUACAAUUAUUUUCUUUGGUUCUGAAUGUUGCAUUUUGGAUAGGAAUAGUACUAAUGAUCUUUGUUCCGGGAUAUAUAUAUGGCAACGGCCUUCUUAAAAAACUAUCGGAUCAGCCAUUAUCUCUUAGUUUUAACAAUGCAGAAUCUACUAUCAUUGGGAUCCUGGGAUCAUUAAUGGCUUUCAUUUACAUCAACGUGUUUAACCAAAUCUUUGGGAUGCGUUUUUUGUAUCAACGAAAAGCGACUUUUUUCCGAAUGUUCAUCUUGAUUGAAGUUGGUUUUUGUAUGAUAGACGUAAUAUAUUUAAUCUUCUCGUCUGAUGUUCUCCAUGCGGCGUAUUGUUUUUGCAAUUAUGGUUCAUAUUGCAAAAACAGCUUUAAUUCAACAGAAAUCGAACGGAAUGAGAAUUGUAGAGGAUCAUCGAUUGGAUUAAUUGGUUUGUUGAUCGCUUUCAUCGUUUUGACACUUGGACUGCGUAUCAUAUCCUUAGUAAUCUCAAAAUCACUUUCAAAACAACUACCGCUACGGAUCGGACCAAAAGACGAUUCACCAAAAAAUAAAGAUGGAGUACGUCAACAAUCCACAAUCCAGGAAGUCCCUCAGACAUCCUGUUCACAAAUCCUAGAUGAUGUGAUUAGGAACGCUGAAGAAACUCUUGGAAUGCUCCAGUUAUCGGAAUCUUUAGCAAGCAAUUCUAAGCAACUAACGAAUGAAAGUGAAGAGGAGUCAUUGGAAAACAGAAAUAAUGCGCAUAUUGAAACAUUGCAAACCGAUGAUGAUAAUGAUGAUGAUAUUGAUGAUGAGAAUGAUGAGAGUGAUGAUAAAGAGGAGGAGGAUUUAUUCAAAACAGCUUAUGAAAUGGGCUUUUUGUCAAAAGAGGAAUAUUCAGAAGUUGAAUAAUGCUGAGAGAAUACAAUUAUAUUACAUAAAAAUCCGAAUAUGAACUAUAUGAAAUUAAAUUGAUUUGCAUACAUCAUUUUUUAUGCAGCACAAGACUUAACCGAUAUAAACUUGUAAAAUGUAGAGCCAUCUCUGCUUGUGGUGGCUGUCUUAAUGUAACUCAUGCAUAUCUGUGUCCAAUAA